UCCUCGCCCAGGUGCUGAAACGGAGCCAGCCGAGCGCCGAACCCGCCCCUCCCCGGAGCGCGGAGGAGCAGCCGCGUCAGCCGGCGGGGGAGGAAGAGGAAGAGCAAGAGGAGGAGUGGAACAGCCUGUCUGUCGUCGGAGGAGACGGGGCCAUCGCAGAGCGGGCCAGAGCUGGCGACUGGGCGACAUGAGGGGCUGGGCGGCCCCGGAGCGGAGGAGGGGCGCAGUGGCCGCUCCGGGGGCUCCUGGCGGCGCCUGCUAGCCGCUUGCAUGACCCUCCUGCCGCUGCUGCCGGGAGGCUGAGCGUGCGCCUGCCCGGGGCCUCCCUUCCCGGACCUGCCAUGACACCGCCGGGUUCCCGGCGCGGCCGCGAGGCGGAGGCCCUGGGCUCCUGGCUGCUGCUGCUGUGCCUGGGUCCCGCCGUCGGGCAGCUCCGCUACGCAGUGCAGGAGGAGGGGCCGCGGGGCGCCGUGGUGGGCAGCGUGGCGGACGACCUGGCGCUGGAGCCCCGGCAGCUGGCGUCGAGGGGCGCCCGGCUGACGUCGGGCAGCGGUCGGCAGUACUUGGCGCUGGACGUGGGCCGCGGGCUGCUGGUGGUGAAGGAGCGCGUGGACCGGGAGGCGCUGUGCGAGCUCAGCCCGUCGUGCUUCCUCAGCCUGGAGCUGGUGAUCGAGCAGCCCGUCGAGGUGCACGGCGUGGAGGUGGAGGUGCUGGACAUCAACGACCAUGCGCCCCGUUUCCCCCGCCAGGAGUACCGGCUGGACGUCAGCGAGUCCGCGCUGCCGGGCGCCCGCUUCCCCAUCGAGGGCGCCGACGACCCCGACGUGGGCUCCAACUCGGUGCAGAGCUACCGCCUCAGCCCCAGCGAGCACUUCGGGCUGGGCCUGGGGGACUUCGAGCGCGGCAGCAAACUCCUGGAGCUGGUGCUGCUGCAGCCCCUCGACCGCGAGCAGAGCGCCCGCCAGCAGCUGGUGCUCACCGCCGUCGACGGAGGCGACCCGGCCAAGUCCGCCACGGCCCAGAUCUCCGUGCGGGUCUUGGACACCAACGACAACUCGCCGGAGUUCGACCGCGGCACCUACACGGCGAUGUUAAUGGAGAAUGUGGCGCCAGGCACGCUGGUGGCAAGGCUGAACGCCUCCGACCCGGACGAGGGCUCCAACGGCGACGUGCGCUAUUCCUUCAGCAGCUACACCCCGGAGAAAGUGCGCCAGCUCUUCAGCGUGGACCCAGUGUCGGGAGAGGUGAGGGUUAACGGGACGCUGGACUACGAGGAGGCCUCCUCCUAUGAGAUCUAUGUACAAGCCACCGAUAGGGGCCCCGUCCCCAUGGCUGGGCACUGCAAGGUGCUAGUCCACAUUGUGGAUGCCAAUGAUAAUGCCCCUGAGGUUGUGCUGACUUCCUUGUACAGCCCCGUCUCUGAGGAUGCCUCCCCUGACACCGUGGUGGCCUUAAUGAGCGUCACUGACCAGGACUCUGGCCAGAACAGGCAAGUCAGCUUGAGCAUUCCUGCCAACCUCCCUUUCAAACUUAAUUCCUUCAAAAACUCUUACACCCUGGUGACUCAGGGGGUUCUCGACCGCGAAAGGGCUGCUGCCUACAAUAUUACCAUCACUGCUGCAGAUGCAGGAAUCCCUCCCUUAACUUCUCACAAAGUCAUCCAGGUGGACAUCUCUGAUAUCAAUGACAACCCACCACGGUUUGAAAAACCCACUUACUCUGUUUACAUCCCUGAAAACAAUGCUCCAGGGGUUUCCCUCUGCACUGCCAAGGCUGUUGACCUUGAUGCCAAUGAAAAUGCUCACAUUUCUUACUCUCUGCUGAACAGAGAGAUUCAAGGGCUCCCUGUGGCCUCCUAUGUCUCCAUUAAACCUGACACUGGUGACAUUUAUGCUGUUACUUCCUUUGACUAUGAACAGCUGAGGGAGUUCCAGGUUGUUGUGCAGGCCCAAGACUCGGGGGUGCCACCACUCAGUAGCACAGCCACAGUGAACAUCUAUGUGGUGGAUCAGAAUGACCAUGCACCACAGAUUCUGUAUCCUGCCCCAGUUAAUGCCUCAGCAGCUAUGGAGAUGAUCCCUCGCUCAGCCAGCACUGGAUACUUGGUGACCAAAGUCAUAGCCAUUGAUGCAGACUCUGGGCAAAAUGCGUGGCUCUUCUUUCACCUGGCCCAGUCUUCAGCUCCAGACUUCUUCAGAGUGGCACUUCACAGUGGAGAAGUUAGGACUACUCGAAAACUGCCGGAGGACACUGUGACCACCUUCAACCUUACUGUUGUCGUCAGAGACAAUGGCAAGCCACCCUUGUCUUCCUCCGUGUCAGUCAUAGUUGCCGUGGUGGACAGGAUUUCCAAAAUCAUUCCUGACACCAGGAGGCACGUAAAAAGCUCUAGAAGUUACUCUGAGAUCACCCUUUAUCUCAUUGUUGCUCUGAGCUCUGUCUCAUUUAUAUUUCUCUUGACAAUCGUUGUCCUUGCUGUAAUCAAGUGCCAGAAACACAGUGUGCACAUGAGCUCCUGUUGUGGGGGGUUCUGUGGGACGCCCAGAGAAAGGUGCCCAGUCGAAAUGUACAAGCAGGCAAAUAACAACCUUGACACCAGAAUGUCAAAUGGUUUAAAAGUCCAGCCCCAUUUUGUUGAAGUGCGGGGCAAUGGCUCUCUUUCCAAGACCUACUGCUAUAAAGCUUGUCUGACUGCAGGCUCAGGAAGUGAUACUUUCAUGUUUUACAACACCGGGGUCCCAGCAGGAAUCCACUCCCAGGCUGGGAUGACUGAAAGACAUCUGACUGGGCAGAGCGGGCAGAGCGCACAGAACCUGAUCAUACUUAAAAGUGAGCCCAUCACUCCAAAUGAGCCAAAACCACCCAAUCCUGACUGGCGUUAUUCUGCAUCUUUAAGAGCUGGAAUGCAAGGUGCUGUACACAUGGAGGAAGCAGGAGGCUUACGUGUGGGACCUGGAGGACCUGAGCAGCAGUGGCCAACAGUAUCCAGCGCAACAACAGAACCAGAGGCUGGCGAGGUGUCCCCUCCCGUGGGAGCUGGCGUGAACAGCAACAGUUGGACCUUUAAAUAUGGACCUGGCAACUCCAAGCAGCCUGGUCCCGGUGAGUUGCCAGACAAAUUCAUUAUCCCAGGAUCUCCUGCAAUCAUCUCCAUCCGUCAGGAUCCGCCCAACAGCCAAACUGACAAAAGUGACUUCAUAACCUUUGGCAAGAAGGAGGAGAGCAAGAAAAAGAAGAAAAAGAAGAAGGGGAACAAAGCUCAGGAGAAAAAAGAAAAGGGCAACAGCACCACUGACAACAGUGACCAGUGAGGGGUUUAUACUGAACAAUCUACUUAGCCAAUUUUUGUAAUCUUGGAAGAUCUCUCCUAUGUAGCAACUCCCAACUUCUUCCUACUGUUAGCCAAUUUCCUGUAUGUGCAAGACUUCAGAAAUCCACAGGGAAUUCACAAUGUCUGUCUAGAUUGCUUAACAGUUUUGUCUUGAAAGCUUUAUUAAGCCUGGUGUUAACUCUUUUUCUCCACUCUGGCUUGUUUUCAGAAUCUAAAAAGCAGACACAAGUUUCUUUUCUCCUACGCUGAAAAGGAGACUCUUCACAAUACAGCCAGUGCGAGGUUGGACUCUUUGCAUUGUGGUUCCUGUGAUCCUGUCCUGAUGAUACUUACGGGGGGUGGGUGGGGGGUGGGAGGGGGACUUAAACAUUUUUGGUAUUGUGCACCCUGUAUCUGAUUGGAAACUUUUGUGUGCUGAUUAUCAGCUAGGUGAUGCAAGAUCAGAUUAAUACGACACAAGAAGCGUUCCAAAACACAAACAAGUGAAGUUCCUUGUGAAAUUAAUGUGCAAUGCUGUGUGGCCUGGGGAACUAUCUUAAAAUUUGCAAUUAGAUUUUUCAUAAUCUACAAGAGCUAGUGUGUAGUAUGCUGGAGCUUUUAUAUAUUUUAUAUACACACUCCAGCAAAAAAAGGAAGACUCACUCAGAUAACUCUAUACCAUGAAGUAUAUCUUCUUCCAAGCCAUUGGCCGUAUUGCCACAAUAAGGCCUUUUGUUCUCCUAGCAAGGAUGUCCCUCAGGGAACGUCUACACAGCAACUGCCCACACUCCUGGCUCAGUGCUCCCGCGAUAAAGAGGGAGCAUGGGGAACCCCCUCUCUCUCAAAACAACAAACCAACCAACCACCAAACCAACUGAAGAGGAACCUUGAGGAGUGGAGAUUCCUUUGUUCACAUUUUGUAUCCAGCUGUGUAGACAGAACUGGUCCUGCUACCCAGGCCUUGGCAUGCAUGAACCGCAGGGAGUUGGGUGUCCUUCCGGGGAACAUCCAAUGCCUUUUGAAACCACUGUGCAGACAUGUCCUCGGAGUUUAACAAGGGAAAGGAAGGCUGACAUCUCAGGAAUGUAACUGACUGUGAUGUUUCCUUUAUGUCCUUGUUUCCACUCUAUUUAACAUUCUUUUGCACAUAAUGUCUCUGAAAAGGUCAGAGUAUUUCCAUAACACAUAUGCAAAAGUAAGGACAAAAAAGAAAAUCUUAUCUAUGCUGUUUGUGAUUUGAUAUCUCUAUUUAUAAAGGGAAAGUAGCUGUAAAUGGGGAAGAAAUAGGAUUCCUUUAACCCAGACUGAAGUAAAUUUACAGCCAUUAGAAAAUAUAAUUGCUGCUAUUGAAGUGCUUUAGAAAAAUUUGCCUGAAACAUCUGUAUUAUAUCUGCCAAUCACAGCUUUAUUCUGUCAGGUCACUGGUUUUGGGGGGAGACUGCCUCUUGCAUGCAUUAAGAAAUACAAGAUAUUCUCUUUCUCUUUUGCAUUACUUAUUCUGCACUUUGAAUACACGACAUUUGUAAACAAUUUUUUGUCAGAGGAAGCUGAAGCAGACCCUUUCUCACACUAAACAGAUCGACUCACCUGCUGGCUCUGUGCAGUGUCUUGGUGUUAUUACCUCCCUCAUGACUUCCUUGGGCUAUAGUUUAAUUUCUCUCUGAGUUUAUGAUUUCCAACCCUACAACUAUCACUCAUUAUGUAAAAUUCAAGUACUGUAUGUAUGCUCUAUGCUCUUAUAAGUAUCCUGAAAUAUUUAUUCUGUGCUUGUGUAUGUGAAUGUCAAUGAAACUAUUACCUAGCGUGGACAUUAAGCUUUACUGUUGAAUGUAAAUCCAUUAUUAUUAUUAUUAUUAUUAUUUUGUACGUUUGUGAACAAGUGAAGUAGUGUUAAUAUUUUUAAGCACUGUUAGUUACCGGUUUUUGUGUAUGAAUUGAAACACAAGUAAAAUAUCUUUCUUAAAUCAAGAAAUUAGUAAAUCGCAGGAUAUUAUUUCAGAAGUGGGGUGAGGGUGGUCAUGAAGUAAAGAACUUUUGCCUCCUGACAGAUAAAUGCACAAGUGAAGCAUGGACUGGAA